UGAGACCUCUAGCACAGAGAUCCAACAAUGGCACCUACAAUCCCUGCAGCAAUGACCAACUCACAGGAGCAUCUGACUCUGAACCACAAGCACAGAAAGCCUCUGGUGGAAAAGUUACGCAGAGAGCGAAUCAACAGCAGCAUCGAGCAGCUCAAGUCUCUCCUGGGUCCAGAGUUCCUCAAACAGCAGCCAGACUCCAAGCUGGAGAAAGCAGACAUCCUGGAGAUGACUGUUUGCUUCCUGAGACGKCUUCAGCAGCAGCAGCAUCCACAUUUGGAUGCAGGAGCUGCUGAUCAGGGCUACUCCAGRUGUUUCCAAGAGGUGGUGCACUUCCUGUCCAAAGACGAUCUGAAGACACAGUCCCAAAGAAGACUGCUGAACCACAUGAACAAGCUGCAGUCUUCCUCUGAGAGGAACCUGAAAGACAAUUUUCCUAUGAACUCCACAAUCCAGGCCUCUAUUAAGAAAAAGAGCCCAGCCAACAGCUCCCUCUGGAGGCCAUGGUAAAAAAGUAGGACUUGCGCCUUGGAAUUCAAAGUGUCUGUACUUCUACUCACUUAUUCUUUUCUUAUAUCUAAGAGUCGUUGCCUGUAUCAAGGUGUUUUGUGUUGCCUUUUGUAAAGGCUAGAAAAUGUKUUUUCUUUAACAAGAAAUUAUGUUAUUUUGUUUAUGAAACAGUGACAAACGUGUAAGUUCAUAGUCUAAUUCUGUGAUGUAAACAACAUUAUUCUCAAUGAAAGUACUCAUAAUGUUGGCAGUGAUGACAACAUUGUAUGUUUGUAUGAUUUGUUCCAUUUUGGGGACAGUUUUAUGUUCAUGUUUUAACAUGUUUCAGAUUUAUAUGUGUUUUCCACAUUUUCUUCUGAUUGAUCUGGCCUCAUUGGUUUUAAAAAAUCUUAAUUUCAUGCUUUUUCUGUUAAGCGGAUGAGAUUCAAGACAAAUGUGCUGCUUUAUAACUCUGUGAGUGACAGCACCCAUACCUUCAAGGAAGGAAUCAAUAUUUGGAAAAUGUCUCACAAUGAAUGUAUCUCUUCGAACCAAGUGAUGCGCAAUAAAACAAUCAGAAAAACAA